AUGGCGGCUCCCACUCAUACAUACGGGCCAACAUGCCUGCUUUACGAAGACGAAGGCAACACAGUUAUCAAGGGCGGCCCAGGCGAAGUUAUACCUCCACCACCUACCGUGCGAGCCCAGUUCUUCUAUCUAUCCUCGCUCCCAAUCGAUGACCCUUUAACACCAAUAACUGCUCCCACUACCAACUCCAACACACAGCUACCUACGAGGCCAUUUUCAAGUCGAGACAGUAUAGCUCUGGAGGAAGCUUGGCAGGCUCUGCGGGCUGAUUUCGAACGGGAGAACAAAAGUGAUUCCAGGGCCUCUGGCUCGCGGGAAAGCACUUUGAAACUCCGGGGAAUACCUCCGGCCGUAGAACGAAGCCGACGAGGGUCGGAUGGCAAACUUAUUAAGAACAGCAAAACACUCCCAACUUCCCGGUUACGGUCUGAUGGGAAAGAGAAUAGGAGGAGUUCACUGGGAGUUCGGGAGAUAUUCGUGGAUGGCAGUGUUGUUGCCGGGAAGGAUUCGAUUUCCAAUGUACCAAAACCUAGAAACGCCGACUCUGCGGACACCGAAACGCCAAAGCAACGACGAAGGACUCUUGGAUCUUACGAAACCAGCGAAAAGCUGCAGAGGUGCCAGAAUUCUCCCGCCCAGCCUAUUCCUGGAACACCAACGAGAAUUGGGACGCCAUUUCAGAAUGGCGACGAUGGGAGAAUGCGAGCUAUGGCUGAUACCAACGUUACUGGGUCUCCAUUCAUUCGAGCACCGAUCAGAGAUCGAUCAGACUCUGUUGCUAGCACAACUUGGGGCAACGAAGAUAUACUUGAGAAAAUGAAACGCCCUCCAAACGGAGAUAGCAACGCUACCACACAUUUGAAGGCAGCUUUAGAGUUAGAAUACGAAACCAAGACCAAACUUCGAGACACACCUUCUCCAAAACAGGGCUCCCGGCCUUCAUCUGCUGGCUCUGAAAUCAUCGACACAGGUGUGACAGUGACUGUGGGCGCUACGCGCCUUCAUCUCGUAGAGCUGCCGAAACUACAGAUGAAGCCAAUUUACUGGAGCCCCAUCAACGAUAUCUCGAGUGUGAUUAGAGCAACUUGGUUUUACAAGAACACCAUGCUUCCUGUAGAAACGGAUCUCGCCAACCAUCUGGAAGAUGGCUACAUGGACUUAAAACCCUGGACACAAACAUGGCAAGAUGAGCUUGAUAGCUGCAUGGAAAAUGGUGCAGAGGCCGAAGAGAAAAUCAUUUACAAGCUCUGGCCUGAAGAGGUACCGAAGAAAGGAGACAAGGCCGGGCGUGAGUCGCCUGAAAUGAUGUCCGUCGGAAGCGCAUACUUGUCACAGCGUGCAACGCAUCUGGAUUUCAGUGUAAAUAGAGCCGCUGGCGGCAUGGAGGGCCAGGUAGAUACCGUACGGCAAUUCAAAUCUUCCAGUGUCAUAUACGUCAAUGCGAAGGAGGCACAAAUAUUACGACCAAGCCUAUUACCAUCAGUUGCCCGGGGCCGAAGACCCCUAGGCCCUGUUCGAAAGGGCAGACAAAUUGGUAUCCCCGUUAUACGAGGCUUCAGCCCGCAACUCUGGGAUAAACUGCAUCCGUCAAAAUUCGUUUCUACAAACGCAAGGAAUUUCGUGAAGAUGCGGGAGAUGGCCUCUAGGCCAUCUGCUUCUCGCCGACAGAUCUGCUAUGCUUGUCAGAUGGAGGAUAAGAGGCAGGAUGUCAGUGAUCUUGUCUUGGUUAUACAUGGAAUUGGCCAAAAACUAUCCGAACGAGUUGAGAGUUUUCAUUUCACCCAUGCAAUCAAUGCUUUCCGAAAAGAUGUGAAUGCAGAGUUGAGUAGCGAUGCAGUAUGGCCACAUAUGCGUCCUGGUCAAGAUAGCAUAAUGGUACUCCCUGUCAAUUGGCGAACAACUCUAUCUCUCGUCGAAGGUGCCGAGGAAAAUAUUUCAGCAGCUGAGGAUCCUCAUGCGAAUGUAUUUUCGUUAAAAGAUAUCACUCCAGACACCAUUCCGGGAGUCCGAAAUUUGAUCAGCGACGUUAUGCUUGACAUUCCAUACUAUCUGUCUCAUCAUAAGCAGAAAAUGGUACAUGCGGUGGUCAGAGAAGCGAAUCGAAUAUAUCGGCUUUGGUGCCAGAAUAACCCUGGUUUCCAGUCUCGUGGAAGGGUGCACAUAAUUGCCCAUUCCCUGGGAACGGUAAUGGCAAUGGACAUCUUGUCGCAUCAACCGACUGUUCUUCCUUCCAUAGAUUUCUCUACCACUGAAAUCAACGAGGCCAUGUUUGAGUUUGAUACCAAGAACCUAUUCCUAUGCGGUAGCCCUGUAGGCUUCUUCCUGCUUCUCAACAAGUCCGUUCUUCUUCCACGAAAAGGGCGGAAUAAGCCCGGAAUGGACCAUGGUGAAGAUGCAGGUCGCGGGAUCGCUGGCCAUGCUGGGAAAUACGGAUGUCUUGCAGUUGAUAAUAUAUACAACAUCCUGAACGAUACUGACCCUAUUGCCUACCGUCUAAAUGCAGCGGUAGAUAUUGACCUAGCCAAUUCGCUCAAACCAAAGAUUAUACCCAGUUCGUCAACAUCACUUUUACAAAGCAUUACGAGUGUUUUCCGCUGGGGUUCAACAUAUACUACCGGUGCAACUGUUGGUAGCACCGCUCAGGGUAUUGCAGCUACCAUCUCCAAGCUUCCUUCAAACAUCGAAUUGGAGACUCAUGAUUUUACUCGCGAGGAAAUCGCUGAAACACGCAUGGCGCUUUUGAAUGACAAUGGACAAAUAGAUUUUUACCUCAAUGUCGGUGGUGGUCCCUUGAAUAUUCAAUAUCUCAACAUGCUUAGUGCACAUAGCAGUUACUGGAUACUGCAAGAUUUUGUACGAUUUAUCGUCGUGGAAAUUGGAAGAGUUCCCGGCAGAGACGGGGCAUUGUUGGCGCUUAGAGCGGAGAAGAAAAAAGGUUGGAAAACGGCGAAAUGA